UAUAAUUUGUUAUUUUCUGGUGACUUUCCUUCUCUGUCGCUCGAAUAUCUAUUCCCUCUCCGGAAUCACUCUCCCCUCUCUCUCUCACUCUCCAAACCCUAGCCCGUCCCCUGCCCCCGUGCCAGGGUUUGCGCCUCUGCUUCGCUUCGAUUGAUUGCGUGGCGUCCUCUUCCUCGAAUUCCCGCUACCUACUGGAUUUGCAGACUGUGGAUCUUCGGAUUCUGUAGGGAUAGAGGGAAUGGAGUACUCCGGCGGUCGCAAGAGAUGGAGGUCCGACGGCCCUCUGAACGGCAAUGGCGGCGCCAAGAAAUAUAAGCAAGAAGGGGAGUCCUUUCCAUCUGGUUUAGGAAGCAAAUCGAAGCCAUGCACAAAGUUUUUCAGCACUUCGGGUUGUCCAUUUGGUGAGGGCUGCCACUUUCUGCACUAUGUGCCUGGGGGCAUCAAGGCUGUCUCGCAGAUGCUUGGGAACCCGAACCUUCUCCCUCCAACUCCCAGGAACUCGGCGCCACCCGCAUCAUUCCCUGAUGCUCCCUCUCCUUCUGCCGUGAAGGGUCGCAUGUGCAACAAAUAUAACACUGCUGAAGGCUGCAAGUUUGGCGACAAGUGCCACUUUGCUCACGGUGAGUGGGAGCUUGGGAAGCCCUCAGCUCCAUCAUAUGAUGACCCUCGAGCCAUGUCGAGAGGUGGAAUGGGCCGCUAUGAGCCACCUCCUCCAGCAAUGGCAGCAGGCUUUGGUGCCUCAGCAACCGCCAAGAUCAGCAUCAAUGCAUCCCUAGCUGGGGCUAUCAUUGGGAAGAACGGCGUGAACUCGAAGCAGAUCUGCCGCCUCACUGGGGCCAAGCUCUCCAUUCGCGACCACGAGUCUGACCCCAGCCUGAGGAACAUCGAGCUCGAGGGUUCGUUCGAGCAGAUCCAGCAGGCCAGUGCCAUGGUGCGGGAGCUCAUCGGGAAUGCAGGCUCCUCGUCGGGACCUGCUGGAAGGAACAAUGCCAUGGGCCACCACCACCACGGUCGGAGCAAUUUCAAGACGAAGCUCUGCGACAACUUUACGAAGGGCACCUGCACUUUUGGUGAGAGGUGUCACUUUGCACACGGGGCGGAUGAACUACAUAAAUCUGGUCCGUGAAGCAUGAUUUUCGAGUUGCUGAUCCUAUCUGCCUUAUCCUUUUCUGUUGUUUUUGGUAGGAUAAACUCUUAACGGUGGCCUCUAGUUUCGCGCUUUCUCUGGCUUUGUUGGUCUUGAAUAGUUAAGCUGUUGUGUCAAAGAAUUACAGUAUGAAGUAAAGUUUCGGAUUCUUGAUUGGUUAUGUGCACAGCUUGAUAAGGCAGUUAGUAAUCUAAAAUCAUCGGUGGUUUGUCAUU